AUUGGACACAUCAAGUCUUUAAAUAGUGCCAUCCCUUGUCCGGGUUCCAAAACUUCGUGAAAACUUUCUGUGGAAAAAAUUCUGUGGAGUAUUUUGGUGGCAAAAAAAAGAAAAGAAAAAGACAUGAGUGGAUGUCCAUUUCUAGGGAAAACUCACCAUUUCAAAACCAAUCCCAGUGAGAUAGAGGAGGAAGAUGAUGAUUCCCAACACAGCACCAACAAAGCCACCAAAGGUGAAAUUGUUUAUGGAGAGUACCUCCAGCUGGAUAAGGUUAUUAAUGCUCAGCAACUGCAGAGUGAACUGAAAGGCAACAAAAUCCAUGAUGAGCAUCUGUUCAUUGUCACCCACCAAUCCUAUGAGUUGUGGUUUAAGCAGAUCCUGUGGGAGCUCGAUUCGGUUCGGGAACUGUUCAUUCACAAUCAUGUUCGCGAUGAGCGGAACAUGCUGAAGGUGGUGAGCCGCAUCCACAGGAUCACUAUGAUCUUCAGGCUGCUGGUGGACCAGUUUGCUGUGCUGGAGACCAUGACUGCUUUGGAUUUCUUUGAUUUCAGGGAAUACUUGUCCUCAGCUUCAGGGUUCCAAAGUCUUCAGUUUCGUCUUCUUGAGAAUAAGUUUGGCGUUUCUGAGAAAUUGAGAGUUCCCUACAACCGCCGUCACUACAGGGACAAAUUCCAGGACCAGGAGAGUGAGGCAUUGCUCAGAACGGAGCAAGAGUUUACGCUCCUUCAGCUUGUAGAGAAAUGGCUGGAGAGAACACCUGGUCUUGAAAGGGACGGGUUCGACUUCUGGGGAAAGCUCCAGACAAACAUUGAGGAAGGUCACAGGGUGGAGAAGCAGAAGCUUGAGAAGAUGCCAAACUGCGAGAAAAAGCAGGACAUGCUGGCGGAUCUCUCUAAGCAGAUCGAAGUGUUUACUUAUCUGUUUGACUCCAAACAUCACGAACAUCUUUUAAGCAAAGGAGAGCGCCGGCUGUCCUACAGAGCCCUUCAGGGAGCCCUAAUGAUUUACUUUUACAGAGAGGAGCCUCGGUUUCAGGUGCCGUUCCAGCUUCUGACGUACCUGAUGGAGAUUGAUACACUUAUGACCAAAUGGAGAUAUAAUCAUGUGUGCAUGGUGCACAGAAUGAUCGGCAAUAAAGCAGGCACAGGCGGCUCUUCAGGUUACCAUUACCUGCGCUCGACUGUCAGUGACCGUUACAAAGUGUUUGUGGAUUUGUUCAACCUGGCUACGUACCUGGUCCCACGGGCUUGGGUGCCCAAACUGAACCCCACCAUGUACAAGUUUCCUUACACAGCUGAUUGCAAUGACAGCUCAUACAGCUCCAGUGGCUCUUGCAGCAGUGAGGACGAAUGAACAAAUGCACCGCGCUGGCAUGACGGCGAUGUUCAGACACACUAAUUCUCACGAAUGAAAAUGAUUGCUGUUUGUAUUUUUGCCUGCUGAUUUGUGCAGGUUGUGAAUAUUUCAUCCGUAUUCCUCAUUUGUAAUUCAUAGAAUUCAUAGUUGAUAGUAAGUCAUAGUUUGUUUAUUAAUUGUGUCAUAAUUUUGCCAAUCUGGUAGUUGUAUUUUGUAUAUAUUAUUUAUUAGUUCAUACAUAUACACAAUAACAUUUUCCUCUAUAGUGCCUGGUUGCCAUUUUGAAUGAAUUGUAUGCUAGGAGGUGAUCAUUUUGUAAAUAUGUAUUUUAAGACACUGUAACAUAAUGUAAUGCAAUGUAAAUGUUCGUAUUAUAUAUAUAUAUAUAUAUAUAUAUAUAUAUAUAUAUAUAUAUAUAUAUAUAUAUAUAUUAGUAGAACUGCUGAUUUUCACUGCAUAUUUUAAGAAGUGUGUGAUACCAUAAAUAAACUUUGCUAUUCUCCUGUGUAAAUGUUUUAAAAUUGCACUAUGAUCCGGCCUGAAAAUCAACACAGAUGUGUACACGAUAGAGUUUACUGACCUUCACCUACCACCGCUUCACUGAUAGUGCUGAUCACGUACCAAGGACAUAAUCUGAAAAACAUGUAGGAACUUCACAGUAACUGCAGUUUGCUUUAUUUGAAAUGAAACUCCACAUAAACGUUCUUGAGAAUAAACCAGUAUAUGGCAUAAUGUUAAUGGCAUUAACGUUAAUGUUGUUAUUUAUUCAAGGUUAAAAACAAAAUCUAUGUACACGCUUGAACUUCAUUCAUUCUGGUUUAAUCUUCAAAGUCGCUUGGACAUUAAAGAUUGAAUAUGCCCUUGUUCACGUUUUAAAACUUCA